AAAAGUGGGGGAAGAGAGAGAGAAAAAAUAGAGAGAAUGAAACAGGCAAUUUACGAACGUUACCAUUUCAGCAAUCGACUUCUCGAUUUGCUUUUCGGACAAGUUAUCGGAUCGUACCACUCGUAGCGAUGUAAACACAUGUGCCACCCCUUGUCAUGGAACAAUCAUGUUACUUUUCGAAUGAUUUUAUAAAAUAAUUGUAUAGUAGUUUGAAUAUUGUAUUAUAAUAAAUAUACGAUUAUUUUUGUAUCGUAAUCGAUGUAAGUACGAAAAUAUCGAUUCGAUAUGUACACAUUUUAAUAUUAUAUUACUAUUUGCACGUAUAAAAGGUGAAUUCUUCUUAAAUGGAGUCAGUAAAGUGCAGAUAGACAACCAUAAAAGUUCCACAUUUAAAGUAUCGAAAAUGUAUACAUUACGUAUACAAAAUUAUGAUUUCAAUGUGAAGUGCAUAUAUAUAAAAGCGUCAUAUAAUAUUAGUGAUACUAGACUAUAUUUUGACACUAAUUUCUUUGAAAGUAACAUAUGAAAUAAUCUAUUUUUACUCUAAAGUGCAAUGUGUUUAACUGGUGUUUUAUCAAGAUUUUUUUAUUAUUGUACCAUGCUAAUCUAGAUUUGAAAUAAUAUCAAUGUGAAGUACAAGGUGGUUAAAAAUGGAAGCGUGGUGGUUUUCUCGCAUAGUUGCACAUCAUCCAUAUGUUAUUCUAUUGACAAUAUUUCUAUUUUCUUGUACAUGUUUAAUAGCUCCUCGUACUAUUCAAAAUUUUCCAGAUUUUUCUGAUCCUCAAUUGGGAUUUGAAGCAAGGGGUACUAAUUUAGCACAAAGAUUAACAGCAUGGCAAAAUUUAAUGGAAGCAACCAAGCCUAGAGGAGAACUUGUUGAUAAUCCUUUAGAAUAUUAUUAUUAUUUAGAACAACUAAAUCAACAGACUGACUCCACUUCACAAAGACAUGGUUGGACAAGUCAGGGUAUUCUUAGGAAAAAACCUAAGAGUAUAAAUAGAAAAAAAGGAAAAAAGUACAUUGUAACAAAAAAUGAAACGGAAGAAGAUUCAAAUAAUGAUAAUGACAAAGAUAAAUGGGAAGAAUUAUUAGAGUUAAAAAAUAAGAAUCGAUUAAAUAUUGUAGAAGAUGAAAAAAAUCAUAAUAAUUUGGACAGUGAAAACUUUUUCUGUAAUUUACCAACUUCUGCUUAUGCUCGUGUAGUUAUAGGUACAGAAACAAAAGAAAAAAGUUUAUGGACUAUGGAAGGUGUUCUAGCUCAAUGUCAUAUUGAUGCUGCACUUAGAGCAAAUCCUCAUUUUCCUUCAUUAUGUCAAAUUCAAGAGGAACGUAAUAAUAUAAGUCAUAAGUGUUGCAGAAGUUGGUCACCUGCUAAUUAUGUAGCAUUGUUGUCUAAUCGAAGUUCCUGUUUGGGAGUGACUGAGAAUGAUCUUAUUCGAGUAGAAACUUUAUUAAGAAGAUGUGCUUAUUAUUAUCAUAAUUUGGAAUUGACCAUUAACUGUGCAGAAGAUCUCAAUUGUCAGAAACGUGUUCCAGCAGAAUGCUAUCUACAUAAUGCAGUUUACCAUCUAUUACAUUACCUUUUAGAUGUAAACUUUAUUCCAAGUCAUAAACAACAAUCUUUAAAUAAGUCACAUUCAACAUUGCAAUCAGUAAUGCUAUUUCUCCCAAUUGCAGCUAGUUCAGCCAGUUUAGAUUUCUACAAAGAAUUAAACAAUAAUGGUCUGAGUUAUGGGAAGUUUAAAGUGCGAGGCAUGCAAUUAGGAUUAAAAAGUACAUUAUUUGAUAGUCUUUUAGUAUCAGAUUUCAGUCUGGUUCUAACUGGAUUUGGCUUUGUGACCCUAUGCAUUUGGAUAUAUACUGGAUCUUUAUUAUUAACUAUUACUACAUUCUUUGCAGUACUCUUUAGUCUUGGUAUUUCAUAUGCAGUAUAUACUCUUGUUUUGCGAAUUAAAUUCUUCCCAUUUAUGAAUUUACUUGCAAUUGUGGUUGCAGUUGGAAUUGGUGCAGAUGAUGCAUUUAUAUAUUGUAAAGUUUGGGAGUGUUGCAAGCAACAAAAACUUUCCAAUGGUGGAUUAGCACGAUUAGUACAGGAAACCAUGAAACAUGCAAUACCAUCUAUGUUUGUUACUUCAUUAACAACAGCAGUAGCAUUUUUUGCAUCUAUUGUCAGUAAUGUCACUGCCAUUAAUUGUUUUAGUUUGUUCUCAGGAAUGACUGUGAUCACUAAUUUCUUUUUAAUGAUCACAUGGUUACCAGCAUGUGUAGUAGUAUCAGAACAUUGUCGAAUAACAACUCUGUCACCCGCGAGUUUUAUUACAAGGAAAAUUAUUCGUCCUAUACGAAUAUUUGCAGAUAAAAUUGCUCUUACAUUUAUUAUCUUCCUCACAAAAAUUGUAAUUGGUUUAAGAUGGUUUUGGCUUGUGAGUUUGGGUGCCUUAGCUGUAGCUGGUUGCAUAGUAGUUUUUCACUAUCCAGGACUGCAAUUACCUGAUACUCCUGACUUCCAGUUAUUUGAAACUUCUCAUCCUUUUGAACAAUAUGACUUAAUUUAUUCUCGACACUUCUGGUUCGAAAAAGUUGAAAUGAUCGAUGGUGGUGAGAUUUUACCACUACGAUUUGUUUGGGGCAUAAAACCAGUUGAUAAUGGAGAUUACCUUAAUCCUGAUAAAAAGGGUAUGCUAGUAUGGGAUGAAUCUUUCGACGUGUCUCAUGAACAAUCUCAAUUAUGGUUGCAACAGUUCUGCUAUAAUCUACGAAUUCAACCAUUUUAUCGUAAUACAUUAGGAGCACUUCUUCCUAAUUGUUUUAUUGAAUCAUUACGUACGUGGAUGCGAAGGCAUUGUGAAGAUCCUAUAGAUACACAUAUUAAUUAUUCACCAUGUUGUAAGAGAAAUUCUUUUCCUUAUAAGCCAAAUGUAUUAAAGCAAUGUGCAGCAGAAGCUACUGCACAACUCUAUCGCACACCUUCUUAUCUGUGGAAACGAGGUGGUCCAGUCUAUGCAGGUCUAAAAUUUUUGAAAGAAUCAAUACAAACUUCAUUGCAACCAAAAAAUGCAACAGGAUCUUUAAUAUUACCAGUGCCUAAAAUAAAGGCGUUAAUUAUAGAAUAUGAUAGUAUAUAUGACUACAGUCUUUCAUAUUUUCAUAUGAAUCAAUUCUUUCAUGAAGUUGAGACUUGGAUGCAAGAACAAUUAAAAACUGCACCCACAACUAUGCAAGGAGGAUGGUUCAUUAGUAAAUUGGAAUUUUACGAAUUACAACGUACAUUACACGAGGGUACUAUAUGGGCUAUGAUCGUUUCAUUGAUUUUAGCACUUGCAGUAUUAGCACUCGUAACAUUAAAUCCUUUAGUUAGUAUAUAUGCAAUUAUAACAAUUGGUGCUGCCAUUAUAGUGACUGUUGCUACUUUAAUUCUUCUUGGCUGGAAACUCAAUGUUCUCGAAAGUGUUGCAGUAUCUACUGCUAUAGGUUUGGCAGUGGAUUUCAGUUUACAUUACGCUGUAAGUUAUCGAGCAUGCAACUCGGAACAAAGAAUUGAUAAAGUUAAAGCAGCAUUGGAUCAAAUGGGUGGACCAACACUGAUGGCAACAUUAACAAGUGGAGUUGCUGGUGCUCUCAUGUUACCCUCUGAUGUAUUGGCAUAUAUACAGAUUGGUAUAUUUCUAUUGCUUGUGAUGGGGAUAAGUUGGAUUUAUGCUACAUUAUUUUUAUGCCCAAUGUUAGCAGUCAUUGGUCCAUCAUCGCAUUUUGCUCAAUUUCAAUACCCAAGAGCAAGGAAAUUAUUAUUUUGUUUUCGUAAAAAAGAAUCAGAAGAGUUGGCAGAAACAAAUAGAGAUAAUGGUAAAAUGGUAAAAAAAGGAAAAGGAAAGGGAAUGCUAUCUGAAUCAACAUUAAGUACUUCUAGCACAGUAUGUCAAUUUCAUUGUAGUGAACCGGAAAUUCUUAUUGCACGGCCUCCUUCUUCAUCGUUACCUCCAUCACCGACAUCGGCAUUACUUUAUUUAGAUAGUAAUCAAACCACUGUGUGGAACAAUAGACGAAAACAAAUGAACGAUCUUGAUUGAAUAUCUAUAUUCAGAAAUCUUAAAACAUAAUAUUAUUGAUCACGUGUUACCUUCAUUGUGAACUAAAUGGAACUAUGAUCUUAUCUAAUUAAUGUGUCAUUGGCUGUGUUCAGGUAGUUAAUAAGACUGUUUGUUACUUAUAUGUUUGUCUAUCGUCGACAUUCAUUGGGCUUCCUAUAUUCUUUAUGUGGUUUACAUAUUUGCGUAUAUACGCGCACGAAGACAUACUACAUAUACAUAUAUAUUAUUGCAUGCAGAUAAUAACAGAGUGCGUAUAGCUCUAUUUAUCUUUUUGAUCUGUAUACACUUUAUUUUUCAUUCUCUAAUAACUUCAUUCAUAUGACAAGAUAUAUGUAUAUACAUAUAUAUGUAUAUAUGUGUAUGUGUGUGAAUGUGUGGGUGUGUGGAUGUGUGUGUAAGUAAAUAGAUUUCUUUAUAAAUAAUGCCAUUUGAGAGACAAUUCAAAAAAUUUUUAAAGCUCUGACAUAUCUGCAAAUUCACGAAACAAUAUUAAUUUGCGUUAAUGAUAAAUGUAUUAAAUAUUAUAUAAUAUUUUAUAUUCCCAUUAUUUUUAAACAUUAUUCUUACAUAUAAAGUUCGGGUAUAUGUCAUUCUUAUUUAACAAUAUAGUAAUCUUCAGAUGUAUGUUAAAUGGCAAGCUUAACUUUAUAAGUGUUAGACUUUCUGCAAUCUAUGAAUUUAUAUUUUUUUAACUAAUUGUAGGAUAAUGUUAUUUAAUCUGGUAAACAGAUUUAUUAGAUCAAAAGAUUAAUUAUAUGUAAUUUUCUUAAUAGUGCUAAAUAUCUUUAAUAAAAGAGACAAAUACUCUCUCUCUCUCUCUGACCAUAAAAAAUUUUAGCUAUAAAUACAUGAGAAUUGGAAAUAAUUAUUUUAUGAUUCUAAGUAUAGAGUACAAAUUGUUAAUUUAAUGAAUACAUCUUAAUUUACAAUUUCCUUGAGAAUAUACUUACUUAUUUUUUAUAAUACUAACAUGGAAAAAUUUUAAUAAAAUGAAUUCUAGAAAUAAAUAAAUGAAAACAAGAUUUUGUUCACCACUUUGAGUUGGUAAGUAAUUAUAUUGAUAAUGAUAAUAAUACUUAAGAAAUAUACAUAAUACGAAAGUAGUUGUUGGUAAAGAGUGAUACAUACUAUAUUGUUACAAUUAUAAUUUUUAUCAUUCAACUCAUCAAAUAUGUUAAUCCUCAACAAUUGAUGAUUAUGUCUCUAUAAUGGAAAAAUGUACAUUGAACUAUUUUAAUGAGCCAAAAAUAUAUUCGUUUAUGAGUUUUUUUUAAAUAUAUGUAUACAAA